CAGUGACUGGUCCCACUGCGCUGAAAAUCAGCUGAAAUCUGCGAAAAUUUGUUUACUCCUCGGAAAAUUAACAUAUUUCGCCCAACUGUCAGCAUGAACGAGUUCAAAGUGCCCGCUCCGCUGCCCAAACCCAAAGUAAUCAUCACAGAGAAGCCGCGCUCCGAAGUUCCCGCUGAGCCGCCACCUCCGCCGCCAAAAGUCCCCAAGGCUCCCAAAUCCUCGCCAGCGGCCGUCUGUCCGUACAGGGUGCCCAAGUGGUCGGCUCCUCCGGCCGAGGAUCAGAACUACAGCUUCGAGGUGCUCAAGUCGGGCCAGAUCAUCGACACUGUGCGCCAGCUGCAACAACAGGCUGUGUGGACCUUUGGUCGUCUGCCGGAGAACGAUGUGCCCGCCGCCCAUCCGACGAUCUCGCGCUUCCACGUGGUGCUGCAGUACAAGCCCAAGGCGCUGCCUAAGCUGGACAUCGAAGAUGACGAGGGCGAGGAGUCGGGAGAACCAGAUCAGCCCGAGGGCUGGUACAUCUACGACAUGGGCAGCACUCAUGGAACUUUUCUGAACAAACAGCGCGUGCCGCCCAAGGUCUACAUCCGGAUGCGCGUUGGCCACAUGCUCAAGCUGGGUGGCAGCACUCGCGUAUAUAUUCUCCAAGGUCCCGGCGAGGACGAGGAACCCGAAUCCGAGCUGUCCGUCACUGAGUUGCGGCAGAAGCGGGAGAAGGAGCUGGCCGACGCAGCAGUGGAGAGGGAAAUACGGCUCCUGGAGGCCGAGGAGCGCGAACGUAAUGAGGGCGUCAGCUGGGGCAUGGGCGACGACGCCGACGAGGAGACUGAUCUCAGUCACAAUCCCUAUGCCAGCACCAAUAACGAGGAGCUUUUCUUUGACGACCCGAAGAAAACGUUGCGCGGAUUCUUCGAACGCGAGGGUCUUAAUCUAGAGUACAGGUGCGAUGAGCUGUCCACCGGCUCCUUCGUUUGCCGCGUGGAGCUGCCGCUCGACGACUCCAAUGGCAGGCCGAUCACUGUGGAGGUGAACCACAAGGGGCGCAAGAAGGACUGCGUGGUGCAGUGCGCCCUGGAGGCAUGUCGCACGCUGGACAGGCACGGUGUGCUGCGACAGGCCAACCAAGAGGCACUAAAGAGAAAGAUUCUGAAGAAGGGAGACUCUGACGACGAGGAUGAGUUUUGGGACCGCACUGGAGACGUGGCGCGCAAGAAGCAGCGCAAGGAGAAUGCAGGCACCAGUGUCACCCUCACUUAUGAGGAUUUGCUUAAACAAGAGAUUGAGCUCAACUUGGAAAUGGAAAAGGUCGAGCAGGAAAUCGCAACAUACCAGCAAAAAGAGAAAAAGGUAAAGGAGCUGGCCGCCAAACAGCAAAAUGAAGGCGAUGAUCUGGAUAACUUCAUGGACAUGCUCACCGAAGAUGUUGAGAAGCUGGACAAGACCGAGAUAAAAAAGCUAAGGUUGGAGCAGCAGCGUCUUAAGGGCGAGCAACUAAAGGUGGAACGCCUCCUGAAGAUAGCCAAGCCAACGGUCCUACCAUUCACCACCAGCAUUGGCGCAGCCUCGAAGGAGUCCUCCGUCCAGGAGGGAGGUGCCGCCAGGAAGCAGCUUCCCAUGAUUGGCAAGAGAAAUCAGUUUAGUAAAUUCAAGGUGGUCAAAGCGCCGCCGAGCACACAGACCAAGCCCCAAUCAAAUGCAUUUGCCUCGGAUGAGGAGGAAGUCGAGGAGGAAGAGCCAAAAGAAACUCCCCUAGUGAAGGAAAAGGAGGCGGACACUUUGGAGAGGGGAGAGGUAGAACAGGAAGCUGUGGCAAAGCCAUCGACUACAGAGAAGAAUAACUUGCCGGAAAGCAAACCCCCUGCCGAAACGGAAGAGAGCAAACCAACAAACGCUGAAGCGGAAGUCUUAAAACCAGACAACUUGAUGUCAACAAAAGUUUCAGCGGAAGCGUCAACAGUUCCCAGCGACACUGUUGCUUCAACUAAGCCAACAGAAUCGGUGGAAGAGACUAGCACUCCAACCGACGACACUCCGGAUCCGGGAGCAGAGGAGGCGCAGAGAAAGCGCAGGCAACGCCAACGACAGCGCAACAAACAGCGCCAGGAUGUGGACAUGGAUCUGGACGAGCUGGCCGAGCACGACGACAGCGAGAAGUACGCCAAGUGGGUGCCACCAACCAACCAGAGCGGGGACGGCAUCACCCAUUUGAACGAGAAGUUUGGCUACUAGCUCAGCAGUAGCGUUAACACACUUGAAAUAUUCGAUCUAGGAAUAUGUACUUUUAAACUAGUCUAGACGUGUAAUUGAUGUAUUCUCUAAGACCCUCUCAAUGUAACUUUGUAAAUGUUAA